AUGAGUCUCAAUCUCCCCAUUCGAACGAGCUCCAGCAGUCAGCGAAACCAGGCCAGCAGGAACUACUUUACGAACUAUACACCCCCCUCUUCGACCGAGGCCAUCAAUGGGCCUGUGAGAGAGCCUGCGAGGGAGCUUCUUCCUCCUGCUGACCGUCUCAUCGUUGGCGUGGACUUUGGCACCACUUUCUCAGGAGUCGCCGCGGUCUACACUGGUACCCCCGAUGACAUUGAGAUCAUCAAGACGUGGCCAGGAGGCAACGGCAUCACCUCCGACAAGGUGCCCACCGAGAUCGCCUACACCUUUCCUUCUACUCCAACUUCGCCUUCCGUGUCAUCCUCGUCAACUCCCACGCCAGCAUCAGGCCCAGGUCAGACGCCAGCAUCUCACUCAGGCUCCGGCGGUGAGGGGAACCCGACAAUCAAAUGGGGUUUCCAAUUCCGCCCCGAGGAGUCGCGCCUCCGCUGCAUCAAGCUCUUCCUCGAUCGGUCCCAGAAGCUUCCCUUCUACGUCUCCCCCCUCGACACGGCCGCCCAGCUGCGCAGCUAUGACAAGACUGUCAUCGACGCCGUGAGCGACUAUCUCACACAGAUCUACGCCCACACCAUGGACACCCUGACGAGGCGCUAUGGCGAGUCCUUCAUGGCCUCGACCAAGGUCGACUGGGUGCUCACCUGUCCCGCUGUCUGGUCCGAUGCGGCAAAGAACACGACGCUGCAGGCCGCUGAGCGGGCCGGUAUGGGCGAGAAGUCCGAGAUCCAGAUGAUCAGCGAGCCUGAAGCGGCUGCAGUCUACACGCUCAAGGCCAUCCAGCCGAACCACCUGAAUGUGAAUGACAAUUUUAUUGUCUGCGAUGCUGGUGGCGGAACCGUCGACCUCAUUGCCUACAAGAUCAUGUCGCUGAACCCGCUUCAGGUCGAGGAGUCGGCUGUCGGAACGGGUGGUCUAUGCGGCAGCGCUUUUCUAAAUUACAGAUUCGAAGAACACGUUCGCAAUCGCAUUGGACAUAGCCGUUUCGAUGAGAUGAAGGUCAAGAAGGGGAAAACUUGGCAGAUGGGACUGCGCUACUUUGAAGAGUUUGUCAAGCGCAACUUCAACGAAGACGAGCACCAUGAAGUCAAUGUACCCUUCCCCGGUCUCCCCGACGACGAAGAAGCAGGCCUUGAUUGCGGCUUCCUCGUUAUGACGGCCGAACAGGUCAAGGACAUCUUCGAGCCUGUUGUCAAGGAAGUGUGUGACCUCGUCCAGGGCCAGGUUCGCGAUCUUCGCUCCAAGGGCGGUAUCGUCUCCGGCAUCAUCCUUGUCGGCGGCUUUGGCCAGAGCGACUAUCUCUACCGUCGUCUCAAGACGCAUUUCGCGAGCGCCGCCCCGCCUCCCUAUACCGAACGCCCGACACACGCCACGGCCACGGCCCUCACCGAGGCCGGCUCCAUCGAGGUCAUGCAGCCCGUCUACGCCUGGACAGCCGUUGUACGAGGCGCCGUCCUCCGUGGUCUCGAGGGCAGCAUGGUCAUAUCGCGCAAGGCCCGCAUGCACUACGGCACCUCGUAUGCCACAGUCUAUGACGAUGAAAAGCACUCCGUCAGCGAGCGCUACUGGUCACCUUUGUGGGAACGCUGGAUGGUCUCCGAUCGUAUGCAGUGGCACAUUGCCAAGGGCGAGGCCAUCUCGCCCGUGUCUCCUAUUGCUUUUCACUACACGCGCAACUUCCGCCCUGGACAGAGCCUCGUUGUCACGGACGAUCUCAUCGCGUGCGAGGCUGAUGAGCCGCCGGUCGCGUACGGGCGGGAUCUCGUCAACGUGUGUACACUAACGACGGACCUCAACGCCGUGCCGCGAAGCUUAUUCACGAGGCUGACAACGACGAGGGGUGUCGAGUUUGAUAAUCUCGAUUUCACGCUAGAAAUGAUAGUCGACAGCGCAGGUCUCGGUUUCGAGCUCAAGGUCGAUGGCGUCCGAUAUGGACGUGUAGAGGCAGAUUUCCACUGA